AUGGACAUAAUAAAGCGUACUUCUGCUAGAGAAGAUUGGUGGGCUGGUGCUGCCCCUUCAGGCCCUUUCAUUUAUACACCAUUCAGUAAAGGAGAGCCUAAUAAUAUCAAGAAGCAAGAGCUUAUUUGGAUUGUUGGAGAGCCUGUUGAGGUCUUGGUGGAAUUAGCAAACCCAUGUGGCUUUGAUUUAAGAGUUGAUAGCAUCUAUCUAUCUGUGCAUUCUGGAAAUUUUGAUGCUUUUCCUGUGAGUGUAAGCCUUCUACCAAAUUCUUCAAAAGUGAUCACCUUAUCUGGCAUUCCAACAUCAGUGGGACCAGUUUCAAUUCCUGGGUGCAUUGUUCAUUGUUUUGGUGUUAUUACUGAACAUCUGUUUAAAGAGGUUGACAAUCUGCUUCUUGGGGCCUCACAAGGGUUGGUCCUUUCUGACCCUUUUCGAUGCUGUGGAUCUCCUAAGUUGAAAAAUGUAUAUGUACCUAAUAUUUCUGUAGUACCUCCACUUCCGUUAUUGGUAUCACAUGUUGUUGGAGGUGAUGGAGCCAUCGUUUUAUAUGAAGGUGAAAUUCGUGAUGUGUGGAUACGCCUGGCUAAUGCUGGUACUGUUCCAAUUGAGCAGGCCCAUAUUUCACUGUCAGGGAAAAAUCAAGAUUCUGUAAUUUCACUUUCUUCUGAGACUUUGAAAUCUUUCCUCCCCCUAAGGCCUGGAGCAGAAGUUACAUUUCCUGUGACCUUGAGAGCCUGGCAGGUUGGCUCGGUGGAUGCUGAUGCUGGUGCUGGGAAGACUGUCUCAGGGAACAAUAUUAGGCAUUCCAAAGAUGGAAGCAGCCCAUCACUGUUGAUCCACUAUGCUGGUAUUGUCUUCAGUUUCAAUCAGUAG